UUAAAACUAAAAAUAUAUUAACUAAUGAAGAUAUUAUUGAAAUGGUAAUUCAUGAAUUUUGUGAUAGUGAUGAUGAAAUAGAUGAAAAUGAAAAAUCAUCACUACCUUCUCCAAUAACUAUAGUAGAAACAAUAAAUAUACUAAAAAAAGUUAUAAGCUAUCAAGAAAGUCUUGAAGUUGGAAAAAGAUUUAAUAAAAGUGAAUUAUCAAUAUUAUAA